CUGAAUUCUAAUUUAUGGCCAAAGAUAAUUUUAUGAUUAUUCUCUCAUACGAUGUAGACGCUUACAGCAGGAAAUAUUUAAUAUGAUACGGAUAUCGACCUGUGUUCGUUAAAUUACAUAUAAAUUUUUGUGGCUUCUACGUAAAAUAUUAAGUGUAAAGUGCGGAGUGAUUGUGAAAAAUGGCUGAUCCAACUAUACAGACUUUCUGCUGUCAUCAUGCAAAUGGAACAGAUGUAGCUAUAAGGAUCAUAGAAGAUUUUGAUACCGAUGCUUACAACUCUGUUUGUAUUUUGUCAUCAACUUUGGGGAUUUUAGGCGCUAUCUACCAGAUUUUACCACGGGAACAAUUAACAAAUAAUCACAGAUGGCUUUCCUCUUCCGCAAAGAGGGGCAGAGAAAUAAUAGUUUGGCUAGCUAUUGCUGAUUUACUGGCAUCUUUAGGUGUAUUUAUUCGUUCAACAAUAUGGAUAAGUUACAAAAAUAUUAUGCCUUCAAUUAAAGAUGAUUCUAGUAUGGUCUUUUGUGCAGUAUCCUCGGCUCUUACGCAAUACUUUUAUACGGCAACAUGGAUAUGGACGCUUUGUUAUGCUAUAGACAUGAGGCUUAUCCUAAACCAAAAAGAAAGCAAAACAAUAUUAUACCACAUAGUGUCUUGGGUUAUACCAGCUAUUUCCACAACGACUGGGCUAUCAUUACUAUAUAUUCCGGAUGCUAAUUGCCACAUGCCUUCUCCAUUUAGUACUACAAUCACCCGAAUUCUUCCAAACUAUAUUGCCACGUACAUUCCAAUAGCGACGGUAAUGAUAGCAAAUCCUUAUCUGUAUAGAUCUUCAACAAAAGACAUGGAAUACAUUAUUACAGGCGCAUCCGGUCAAUUCACAACCAAAGAAAGGGAAAUUAUUAGAGCUAUAAAAAUUAAAUUUUCCUUGAUAAAUAUAGUAUUCUACGUUUGUUGGAUACCGAACUUAUUAAAUGGUAUUCUAUUAUGGACGCUGUGGUUUCACCUCGACGCAUGUGUCACUUCAAUUUGGUAUGUAAUGGCACUACUAAAUCCAUUGCAAGCCCUUUUCAACUGCAUUGUUUAUCGGAGGUGGGGUACUGGAAAUGACAGAGUAAUCUUACCAUGGCGACAAGGCGACACAGCAGAUUGUAGUAAAAAUAGUUCAUCUUCAAAAUAUACCUCAGAUGAAACAAUAAGAGAAGAAAUUUAUCCUCUUUUACAGAAUACUCCGACUAACAGUGUAAAUUUAUAUAAAAGUUUCUCAUAGGUUUAAAUAU